AAUAUUCAAGUUUAGCGACCAACGGUAGUUUCGGAUCAAGUUGCUCAACAGUCAGAAAGAAUGGCAGAAGGGGGGACAGAAUCGCCGUCGUGGUCGUCCCGCAUCCAGUGCAGGUAUUUUCUCCAUGGUGUUUGUCAAAGAGGAAACAAUUGCCAGUAUGCACAUGAUAAAUCUGCAAAACCAUCAAAUGUCUGUCGAUACUACUUGGCUGGGAACUGCUCAUAUGGUGUAGGAUGCAGAUAUGACCACACAAGACCAAAGCCACCAGUUUCAAAACAAGCACCUUUACAGAGAACUCUAAACCCUUUACAAAGCAAGACAGAAAUUUCAGAACUAAAAAUGACAUCACUGAAAAAGGGAGGCCAGACAAAACCACCAGAGUUGCCAUCCACACCCAAACCUCCAGAGCAGUGGGUGAAAGCCUCAGAGUUUGUUCCUGGGAAACCAUAUAUUUGUUCAACAAUUCCUGCUUCAUAUGCCAAAGCUGCCAAAGAUGAAGAGCAAGAUCUGCCACCUCCCUUUGAGGAGGAGCAAGUUUCUGAUGGACAGUUACUAUGCCCAUAUUUAGCUAAAGGGGUGUGUCCCUAUGAAUCAGAGUGUGAAUAUAUCCAUGGAGACAUUUGUGAGAUGUGUGGAUAUGCUGUCCUCCACCCUACAGACAAAACACAGAGGGAAGAACACGCCAAGAUAUGUGUGGCUGAACUAGAAGAGAACAUGGAACACUCGUUUGCCAUUGCACGGAGCAAGGACAAGGCCUGUGGGAUAUGUAUGGAGAUCGUCAUGGAGAAACAGCCCCCCUCUGAGCAAAGGUUCGGCAUCAUGUCCGACUGUAACCAUAUCUUCUGUCUCUCAUGCAUCAGGAAAUGGAGAGGGGCAAAACAAUUUGAAAGGAAGAUUGUUAGGGCUUGUCCUGAAUGCAGAGUAAAUUCCAACUUUGUGACACCCAGUAAAUACUGGGUUGAUACUGACGAUGAGAAGAAUAAAAUUAUUGGGGGCUACAAGGAUGCAUUAAGCAACAAAGCAUGUAAAUAUUUCAAGCAAGGUACAGGAGACUGUCCAUUCAACGACAAGUGUUUCUACAUGCAUGCCUAUCCCGACGGAACGAAGGCCACACCCAAACCUCGGGAGAGACGACGCCGACAGAAUGCAGAGGGGGACCUAGACAUAAUGGCCCGGAUAAAUCUGUGGGAUUUCCUGGAGGAGUUCGACAAUCGUCUUGAUCAGUUGUUUCUGUUAGAACUAGAAGCUGAGAUGGACAGUUACGCAGAUAUGUGGUAUCUCGGGGACGACACUUCAUCCGAGGAUGAUUACUAUUGAUGACGGUGGAAUCUAGUUUGACACCUUAUUAAUAUUUUGAUAAUAUGUUCAAUGAGUGCUGAUAGUAUUCCCUUGUACAUAUUGUUAUACUGACUAUAACCUAGUCUUGGCUUUUGUGAUUUGUAUUUUGUUAAGCCGACACUUGUUUGUAUUUCUCUGAUUAUAGUUUAGUAAGGGAAUGUGACUUUGAUUCAAUCUUGUUAACUCUACAUGUACUGCCAACAAUUACCAAAAUAUUAACUCACUUUACCCUUUAUUUUGUGUAUUGCAGAAAAUAUUUUAUACAUAUACAUUGUAUUACAAAUAAACACAAACAUACACAGAUACAUACAUUUCUUGAUGGGGGAUUAAAGAAAUAGAUAAUAAGUUUACAUUCAGUCAUGUUAGAUAAGGAAAGAAGUGGGAGUGAGUUGAGAUAUGGGCUAGUUGUCUGGAAGUCUUCCAACCUUAGAAAAGUGUUUUGGAGAUGACUUAAAGCAUAACCAAUAAUUGUUCACAUAUUAUAUAAUUAUGUAGCAUAUUUAUUUUAUCACACAUAGAAGUGUAUUGUAUAUGUAAAAUACACAAAUAUGGAGUCCAGGAUGGUAACAUUGAUGAUGAAAUCCACCACUUUAUAUAAUAUUGUAAACAUCUACAUUUAUUAUGUAUUUAACACUGUAAAUGUAAGUGCUACACAUAGCUGUCUAUCAUUAUUAGCAGCUUACCUGGUCAUUAAUUCUGGAGAAAAAUAUCCAAUUGACUCACAAACACCUGACUUUAAAAAUAUGUCUUUUUAUAGUACUGUAAGAAAAUUUCCUCUAUUAUAAUAACACAGGAAAUUAUGUCACGUACUUUUUUUUUUUAAAGUCAGGUGCGUGUUAAUUAAUCAGGUUUAUUUUAUUACUUGAACAUGUAAAAAAAGGAGUUUGAAAUUAAAAUUUUAUGCUUUAUGAAAUGAUUUUGAUGAGAUUGUUGAUACAUUGAACUUUGGCAUUAGUGAAGUAAAAUUUUCAUUUUUCACAUGUGGAUGUGCAUGUAUAGGUAACUUUGAGAAUCAAUUCAAAGAGUAUAUGUAAUUGAACGCACUGAAAACUGAGAACUAUUCUAUCACUUGAAGGAAAUAUGUUGGAAGUCUCACCUUUAGCCUAUGUUAUCUCUGUCCUGUUGUGUAAUGGGUUGUGAUGUGUGACUGUGUUUUUGAAUUCAAUGAAUUUAUCUUGCAUCUAUUUGUUGAUGUUGCAUUUCAUUUGCAAUGAUAUGAUAUGUUAAAGGAAAGAUAGUAAAUAUUUUAAUAUCUUUCAAAAAAUGCAUUUAAUUUAAAUUUGAUACUGUAAUGUCUUUUUGAUACUUUUGUUACACAGACUGAAAAAUAAGCAAGCUUAAAGACAAUAAGUCAUUUGAGUAUAUUUUCACUGUUCUUCCAUUUAUUAGAGCUAUCUUCUUUAUCUUUCUUUAUUAAAACAAAAUUACUUCCUUUUUCUCAGGACUUCUGAAGAAACUAUCAAAUUACAACAGGUGUUAGAGUCGCAUUUGAAUUUUCAAACCUAUCUGAAAUGAAAAUUAAUUCAACUUAGAAAUGGUCACUGCCAAAUAAUUAGUUGUUUUCUGUUUUUGUUAAUACUAAUGUUUUUUAUUGAUAUAUUGAUUGUUUGAUAAAAUUAUCAUAAAUGUCAUUAAAUGUAGAUGAUAUGCUGUAUUGUCUUGACUAACUUGGUAACGAUGAAUCUGAUAUUUUUUAAAUGCCUUUAUUGGUUACUUUAUCUUGCAUAUAAGUACUUUACAGUAUUAUUUUAAAUGUAUUAUAGUAACUUAAUUGUACAAUUUAUGAUUCUAUGCACAACAAAAUUAAUUUGAUUUUCCCCAGCUUAAAACCAGAUUUGAAAAUUUUAUCAGUUGAUCGACAUUUUAGUAUUGUCUAAGAAUAUAAUUUCAUAUUUAGUACAGACUAUAUGUAUUGUACAGUAAAUCAUAUAAAUAUUGUGACUAUUAUCAAAAUGAAUACUUGAGGGCAACUUCAUUUAUGAGCAUUGUUUAUUACUAAUGAACAUAAGAGUAUUCAGUUAUUGUGUUCUCUUAAUACUUUGUACAUUUAUCUUAACUGUCACCUCUUUUAAAGAAAUUCUUAAAAAAAUUAUCUGUUUUGCAAAGCAUAAGACUUCUGGUAACCUGUUGGCAAUGUAUGGUCAAAUUGUGUUAAAUAGAAUUUUGUGGGGUUUUUUUUUUCAUUACUUGUCCACUUUAUGCAGUUACUUCUUUUUCCACUUGUUUUGGCAGUAUCAACUGAGGCCAGGAUAAGCUGUGUGUGAGAGUUGUGUGACUACAAUGUUUGUCAUGAUAAGCUGUGUGUGGGAGUUGUGUGACUACAAUGUUUGUCAUGAUAAGCUGUGUGUGGGAGUUGUGUGACUACAAUGUUUGUCAUGAUAAGCUGUGUGUGGGAGUUGUGUGACUGCUAUGUUUGUCAUGAUAAGCUGUGUGUGGGAGUUGUGUGACUACAAUGUUUGUCCAUUGUGUGGGAGUUGUGUGACUGCUAUGUUUGUUAUGAUAAGCUGUGUGUGGGAGUUGUGUGACUACAAUGUUUGUUAUGAUAAGCUGUGUGUGGGAGUUGUGUGACUACAAUAUUUGUCAUGAUAAGCUGUGUGUGGGAGUUGUGUGACUGCUAUGUUUGUCAUGAUAAGCUGUGUGUGGGAGUUGUGUGACUACAAUGUUUGUCCAUUGUGUGGGAGUUGUGUGACUGCUAUGUUUGUUAUGAUAAGCUGUGUGUGGGAGUUGUGUGACUACAAUGUUUGUUAUGAUAAGCUGUGUGUGGGAGUUGUGUGACUACAAUGUUUGUUAUGAUAAGCUGUGUGUGGGAGUUGUGUGACUACAAUGUUUGUUAUGAUAAGCUGUGUGUGGGAGUUGUGUGACUACAAUGUUUGUUAUGAUAAGCUGUGUGUGGGAGUUGUGUGACUACAAUGUUUGUCCAUUGUGUGGGAGUUGUGUGACUGCUAUGUUUGUUAUGAUAAGCUGUGUGUGGGAGUUGUGUGACUGCAAUGUUUGUUAUGAUAAGCUGUGUGUGGGAGUUGUGUGACUGCUAUGUUUGUCAUGAUAAGCUGUGUGUGGGAGUUGUGUGACUGCAAUGUUUGUCCAUGAUAAGCUGUGUGUUAGAGUUGUGUGACUGCUAUGUUUGUUAUGAUAAGCUGUGUGUGGGAGUUGUGUGACUACAAUGUUUGUCAUGAUAAGCUGUGUGUGGGAGUUGUGUGACUACAAUGUUUGUCAUGAUAAGCUGUGUGUGGGAGUUGUGUGACUGCUAUGUUUGUCCAGUAGAAACCAAUGUCUUUCUGUUACAUGUCAGUCAGUGAUAUUAUCGUCUGAUGUACACCAAUUAUUAGCUGCGAUAAUGUAGAACAGUGACAGAUAGUUGAUGAGAAUACAUUAUUGCAGCUUUAUAUGAAUUUGCCUUUUUGCAUAUUAAUAAUGACCAUAAUAAUAAACCCCUCUAUUAUUUAA